CCGACUGUCCUCUCUAACAGCUGGCCUGCCGCCCUCUCUUCCAGGCAGCCUCUGCCUCCCGCGGACUCAGAGGGCAGCCGAUAUGACGGGAAACGCGUGGUCCAUGUGUGUCUGGGUUUUGCUCCUUUUUCUCCACAUCCGUCUUCUGAACGGACAGUCACCUCCUGGGAAGCCCAAGAUCUCGAAAUGCCGCUCCACCGAAAAGGAGACCUUCUCAUGCUGGUGGAAGCCGGGGCCGGACGGAGGACUUCCCACCAACUACACGCUCACCUACCGCAAGGAAGGAAAUCCGUUCAUCUAUGAAUGUCCAGACUACAAAACCAGUGGCCCCAACUCCUGUUACUUUGACAAGAAGCACACCUCCAUUUGGACAAUGUACGUCAUCACAGUAAACGCCACGAACCAGAUGGGAAGCAACUCCUCAGAUCCGCAUUAUGUGGAUGUGACUUACAUAGUUGAACCAGACCCUCCAAUAAACCUGAUUUUGGAAGUAAAACAUCCAGAAGACCAAAAACCGUACCUGUGGAUAAAAUGGCUUCCGCCUGCCCAGGUCGACGUAAGAUCCGGCUGGCUCACACUACAAUACGAAAUUCGAUUAAAGCCUGAAAAAGGAAAUGAGUGGGAGGUUCAUUUCACUGGGCAGCAAACUCAGUUUAAGAUUUUCAGCUUAUAUCCAGGAAAGAAAUACCUUGUCCAGGUUCGCUGCAAGCCAGACCACGGAUUCUGGAGUGAGUGGGGCCCAGAAGGCUCCAUUCACAUACCUGAUGAUUCCACCAGUACAGACACCACCGUGUGGAUCUUUGUGGCUGUGCUUUCUGUUGUCGUCUGUCUGAUUAUGGUCUGGGCAGUGGCUAUGAAGGGCUAUAGCAUGCUGACCUGCGUCUUUCCACCAGUUCCUGGGCCAAAAAUAAAAGGACUGGAUGUUCAUCUGCUGGAGAAGGGCAAGUCUGAAGAACUGCUGAGUGCCCUGGGGUGCCAGGACUUCCCCUCUGACUGUGAGGACUUGCUGGUGGAGCUGUUAGAAGUCGUUGACAAUGAGAACCAGCAACCGGUGCAAGUCCAUUUAAAAGAACACCCCGAUCCAAGGCUGAAGCCCACACCCCUGGACCCUGACAGUGACUCUGGCCAAGGCAGCUGUGACAGCCCUUCCCUUUUGUCCAACAAUCGUGAGGGGUCCCAGGAAAGUCCCUCCACAGUCCACACUCCUGGGAGCAUUAAGGAGCCAGAGAACCCUGAAGAAAAUGGUGCCCACACCUGGGACUCUCAGAGCACCAGCGUGGAAGGCCGAGUCCCCAAUGUCUGUGCUGAUGGACCCAAAUCUUCAACAUGGCCUUCAUCGCAGCCCCCCAACCAGCACAACCCCAGGUCGUCUUACCACAACAUCGCUGAUGUGUGUAAGCUGGAUCCGGGCACGGCAGGUUCCUCUGCCACCGUAUUGGACAAAACAGACAAGUGUGCUCUAACGUCUUUGGAAACCACUGAGACUGGAGGGGAGGAGAAGGCAGCCAAGCAGAGCCGGGUGAAAAGCUUCCAUUCCAAGACUGACCCAGACACCCCGUGGCUUCUGCCCCAGGAGGACACCUCCAUUAUCUCUGCUAAACCCUUGGAUUACGUGGAGAUUCACAAGGUCAACAAGGACGGAGCAUUGUCAUUGUUCCCCAAACAAGAAGAGAACGGCAGCCAGACAGAGAAGGCCGGCGCUCCCAAGGCCAGCAAGGAGUACGCGAAGGUGGCCAGGGUGGUGGAGAGCAGCAUCCUGGUGCUGGUGCAGGACCCGCCCGCCCCCGACCUGGCUUUGUUUGAAAAACCAGCCGAGGAAGCCCCACCCUCCUUGCCACAGAAUCAAGAGGAGAAAGACCUGGCUGCCUUCGCCAUGGCAUCCAGCAACUGCAGACUGGGGGGGCUGGAUUACCUUGACCCCGCGUGCUUAAAGCAC